AUGGUUCGAACGAUGGCGGAAGGAGGUAGGGUAUGUGGUGUUGAGCUGACCUGAUUGCCGUUGUUGUUGGAGGGUAAAUUAAAGUUGAGGCUUCCGAACCUGUCUAGGAGCUCAACGCGAGUGCCAAGCCAUGGCCUACCGCCAAGGCCGAGUUUGUGCUGACUUGCAGGGGCCGUCAAUGGAUCCCACCUCGAACAAACCAUCGCCACCGGGGGAAGCCAAUAAAGUUAUAUACGAGUGGCAGGUUCACCAGAAUGCCGCCCUCCCAGCCCCUCCCGUACGAUCCGCAAUUUACCUCUCCGGAGGAGUACAUCGCCUCUCUAUUAACCUUCACCUCUGAUCCGCUUUUCCAAAUCCUCUGCGGCGGUGUACACAUCCUUGACUUCUUCACUCGAGAUUCUGACGCGGAGCCUACGGACCUCUACCAUGAAAUACUGCCAACAGACUGGAUAUCCUUCUUCUCGGCGCAGGAAGUACCUUCAAUUCUUGACUACCUGCUCCGCAUACCAAUAGACCAAUUCCCGAAAACAUGUCCGCAGACUCUGGUUACCUUCAUAACACAAGUCCGUGUCCACUCCCUCAACCGAGGCUUCACCCGGCCACCCGCCCCAGCAAAAACCAAAAAGUCAGCCGGCAUAUCCCAUAGUGGCGAGGAAGGGGCAUUGAACACUGGCAUGCGGCCGAAGAAAAUCCACGAGGUACGAAUUGCACACAUAUAUACACAUGAAACUUGAGACAUCGGAUAGCACUGUACUCAUGUAUGAUCCUGCCGGUGGUAAAAAAAGGUGGAGAACUUCUCUGCUUUCGUCGACGAUCUAGUCUCUAAUGUCAACGCCCGCGACAAGCCUACCGGCGGGGAAGGUAUCACACAUAUCUUGGACUUUGGCUCCGGACAAGCAUACUUAAGUCGGACGCUGGCGAAGAAGUAUGGACAUAACGUCGUAGGCAUAGAAUCCCGACCGGGAAAUAUCGAGGGGGCAAAAGAGAUGGAUGCUCGCUUCGAGAAUCUUGCCAAAAAGCGUGAACGGAAGGGGCGGAAAAGGCAGCAAAGCGGGGAAUCUACAUCCCGAGCAACAAAUGGCGACUCCAUCGCAGCAGAAGAAACAGCACCGAAUACAAGCAAUAAUGGCAAAAGCGGCACCCUACAGUACAUCCAAAAGUGCAUCUCUGGAAACGAUCUCACUCCGAUAACCACCCUCAUCCCCUUCCCAACGCCCAAAUCCCUUCUCCUGAUCUCUCUUCACUCCUGCGGGAACCUCCUCCACCAUGGCCUCACCUCCUUCCUCACCACUCCAUCGGUGAAAGCCUGUGCGCUGAUCGGCUGCUGCUACAACCUCCUCACUGAGAAAUCUGGUGCAACAUACAAGCCCCCUCUCCGCUCACUUCACCCACGCCUGGUCACGACCUCCGCAGUCGCAGACCCGGACGGGUUCCCCCUAAGCCACAGAUUCACCCACACCCGCCCAGGAGUCCGUCUAAACAUAACAGCCCGAAUGAUGGCCUGUCAAGCGCCCGGUAACUGGACAGCCUCUAGUAGCGAAGCCUUCUUCACAAGACACUUCUUCCGUGCCCUCCUGCAGCGCAUAUUUUUCGACCGCGGGCUGGUCACCGGCGCCGAGCCGGUAAUUAUUGGCUCGCUGAGGAAGAAGUGCUACUCCUCCUUCGGCGAGUACGUCUUUGGCGCGAUCGAUAAAAUUGGCUGGACCCAGAGGCUGCAAGUCAGCGUAGAUGAAGUGGCCCGGUACGAAGAGUUGUUUGCACCGAGGAAGAAGGACCUCAGCGUUCUUUGGAGCUUGAUGGCCUUCUGCGCUGGCGUCGUGGAGAGUCUGAUUGUUGUUGAUCGGUGGGUGUACCUCAUGGAAGGGGUGGGGAAGGGCUUGCUGAAGGAGGCGUGGGUGGAGGCUGGGUUUGAAUAUGGGGCUAGCCCGAGGAAUUUGGUGGUUGUUGGGGUGAGGUAGGGAUGGGAUGAGGGGGGGGGAGGUUGUUUGUUCGCUUGUCUGUGCGAGUGGGAGGUAGAUAAGGCUUGGUGUGCUGUAUGCUACCAACGCAGCAUACUGUACGUACAUGUCCCCGAGCCCUUGCGCACCAUCUUAGUGUCGCAGGGUGCCGUAGAGUAAAUUUAGAAUAAACACACAUAACAUAUCAUGCUUCAAGCAUCAU